AUGACCAAGACCGGCUACCAUUAUGAAGAGGACAACCUAAACAUAAUGAAACGAUUCUCUGAGUCUCCACCAGCCAUUAUGGUUGAAAUCAUUAUAUUCUCUAUGGAUAAUCCAGGCGUAAAUGAGGAAAUAACAAAUGAAAAACCACAAGGUGAGUUUCAUUAAAAAUAAACUUUAACAGUGCUGACCUAAGGUGCUUUAGGUGAAAAUAGAUUUUUAAUAGUGUCCAUUCCAUGUCCUGGUGUUUGGUGCAGUCUACCUAAAACAAAAAAAGGCUAGUAUCCUAGAUAUAUGACUAGCUUGUACCUAUGGGUGCAUUCAAAAUCACAGAUUUUCAUUUGAGUGGAAUGGCAAUGUUUUGGCUCGUGUUGAGAAUCAAAACAUUGCCAUUCCACUCUAAUAAGGGUCUGCAAUUUUGGAUGCACCCUGUGUGUGUCUUUUUAUCUAGUAUGGUUAACAAAUAUUUAGUCUCCCUGGUUUAUGAGGCACUGAGGCUCCACAGCUUUAAUAGUUUCUAUUAAUUCUCUAGUUUGCACCUAUGGCCAUCUUGCCCAGUGCAGAGCCCCCCUCCAAUCGGUGUAGUGAGGGUUUACAUUCUAGCAAAGCUCUCUUAAUAGCUUUUUUAAUUCUGUUAAGGGGUUAAGUUGUAUAGCGCUUUGGCAAAUUUAUUUUGGCAAAUUACAUCACUUUUCCAAUGUCCUAUCUCUCAUGGCUUGUUCAGUAGGACGUUCAUUCUCACAUAAAUUUUAGGAGUAAACAUGAUAGUCUGGAGGAUGUUUUUCAGUGCCUAUUAGGACUGUAUAACUCUAAAACUACUAGUCAUGUAAUAUUUUUUAAUCCACCAAUAGAUACAAAUAGAGUUAUAUAAAAGUGGCUGGGGCUGACCUCAAAUAUAUUUUCUUAAGUAAUCAGGGAAUGAGUCUUGAGAACAUCCUGGCAGAGGGUGGCAUAACUUAUUGGAAUAAUAAAUCUGUUUUCAUCAUCAACAGAAUUCUAUAUAUUCUUUUCUUCCUUUUCCAGGCCUUCCAUUUUUUCCUCAUAGCAACUACAGUGGAAUUUAUCCUACGCUGCCUUUGUACCCCUCA